ACAUUAAAAAUAAAAAAAUAAGAGCAUAAAAACAGCAAUUACACAACCACCCACAAUUUAGGCUUGAGUUCAGAACAUCCCCAUAACCCCAUUUGCCCAGUUCUUCUCUUUCUCUCUCUAGACUCUAGUCACUCUCCCCUGUUUUUCUCUCUCUAAAAAACAACAAAACAACAACUAUUUCUUCAUUGAUUAUGUCAUAUUUUAACAAAUUAAUCUUCUUUUUUUCACUUUUCAUUUUCUUCACACUCUUUUUUUCAUUCACUAAUGCUUUUCAAGAUGUGGGUACUUCUUCAUUUCAAGGGGUGAUAAAAUGGGAGCAUAAUAAUAGAAGGUCCAUUGCUGAAACUACGGAAGGAAAUUCUUCAUUGAUAUUAGCAGCCAAGAAUACACAUAGAAGGGACCCAUUUGAUCAUUUCAACCGUUACACUGGUGGUUGGAAUAUCAGUGAUAAACAUUACUGGGCUUCCGUGGCUUUCACAGCAGCUCCGUUCUUCAUUAUUGCCGCAGUGUGGUUUGUGUUUUUUGGGCUAAGUUUGAUAUGCACCUGCUUAUAUUUCUGCUGCUGUAGAAAAGCACCAUAUGGUUAUUCUCGAGUCUGCUAUGCACUCUCACUCAUUUGCCUGAUACUUUUUACCAUUGCUGCUAUCAUUGGUUGCAUAUUUCUUUAUACUGGCCAGGGAAAGUUCCAUGCUAGUACGACAACAACAUUGCGUUAUGUGGUGUAUCAGGCGGAUUACACUGUUGAGAAUCUUAACAAUGUCUCGCAGAAUCUUGAUGAUGCAAAAAACAUUGGUGUGGGGCAGAUGAGGCUACCAGAAGAUCUCCAGAAUAGGAUCAAUGAUAUUCAAACAAAGAUGAGUUCUGCUGCAAAUACUCUCGAUCAGAGAACCCAAGAAAAUUCUAGGAGGAUUCGCCGGGUCUUAGAUUUUGUGAGGCUGGCUCUGAUUAUACUUGCAGCUGUAAUGCUUUUACUUGCAUUUGUUGGAUUCUUACUGUCCAUUUUUGGAGUGCAAUGUCUUGUUUACACAUUGGUCAUUGUUGGGUGGCUUCUGGUGACAUUAACAUUCAUCUUAUCUGGAGUUUUCCUUGUCCUUCACAAUGUGGUUGCAGAUACUUGUAUUUCCAUGGAUCAGUGGGUCCAAAACCCUACAGCACACACGGCCUUGGAUGAUAUCUUGCCUUGUGUGGACAAUGCAACUGCACAAGAAACUCUGGUGAGAUCCAAAGAAGUUACUAAUCAACUAGUCAGCCUGGUCAACUUGGUGCUUAGCACUUUAGCUAAUGCUAACGUGCCGCCCAAUACACCUGCACCAUUGUACUUCAACCAAUCAGGUCCUUUGGUGCCUAAUCUUUGCAGCCCAUUUAAUUCAAAUCUGACUGAUCGCACAUGCACACCGGGUGAAGUGAACUUCAACAACGCAUCCCAGGUUUGGAAUAACUAUGUCUGUGAGUCUCGAAAAGUUAGCGGCAAUGAGAUAUGUACCACAACUGGACGGCUAACACCCACGAUGUACAGCCAGAUGAAUUCUGCAGAGGGUGUAAGCUUUGCUUUAUAUCAUUACACACCGUUCUUGGUCAACCUUCAGGACUGUACUUUUGUACGCAGCACGUUUAACGACUUCAGUGUCAACCACUGUCCCGGGUUGAGGAGAUAUACUCAAUGGAUCUACGUUGGUCUGGUAUUGGUCUCUGCCUCUGUUAUGUUUUCUUUGAUUUUCUGGGUUGUAUAUGCCCGGGAACGAAGACAUCGUGUCUAUACCAAGCAAGUGACCGGACACUGAAAAGUAAAAACCCUUCUACGGGUGAAAGCUGAAGGAGAUGCUUGAGUUGAGUGAUGUUCAUUCUUUUGUGUAUACAGUUGUAGCGUGUGCGAGAGCUUUCUGUGUACAUUAUUGUCAUUCUUAAUUCCGGACCUAGAUUGAUUGACAUUUAGAUGAGUACAUUUUAGAAGAAAUAGAUACCUAUGUUCAGCAUUUCCUCUGUUAUAACUACUUGCUGCUGUGCGAUGUUUUCAGUAUUUAUUCUAGUUUUUUUCCCCCUCUUUUUUGUGAAUUUCUGUAGCUUUUGAAUCUUUGGAAGUUGAACUAUGUGUAAUGAACUCCUACUGCAUAUUGCCAUGAAUUAGUAGAACCUUCAUUAACUGAUUUUCAUAUGCAGUCAAAGAGUUACUUAUACACCA